GUGAGCGUUGCGCCCAAGUAUCUCCUUCACAUGAUGCUCUGUUCAAACUUAUCUACAUUGUCUGAGCCUUCGCCUCGGCGCUGGCUAUGGCGAUCUCUCAACGACCCUGAUCCCUUACCCUCGUACCCUGUAUACGACUUUAUACUGACUCUCCCUCAGAUCCUUCUUUCUCUUCAACUCCGUCAUCUUACAUAGUACUUUGCUUUUGCCCUUGUCCCAAUGAAUUUCUACUUCUCUGCCGCAAAGACCCUGGACCGUCUUGACUCCAAGCAAGGCUCCAUCAAGGGCGUUCUCGCCACCCUCCCCGAAAAAGACCGUAAGCGGACCGCCGCACUGGUCAUCGAGACCCUCAAAUACAAGGCCGCGUUAGCGGACGUGAUCAAGGCGUGCGGCCUCCUCGCCGCUGAGAAGAAGAUCACGUCGCUGAAUCUGGCGCUGGUGCUGGUGCAUGAUCUGUUGUUGGCGAAGGGGAUUCAGGCUGGGGAUGGGCCAGUGAAGCAGGCGGUGUUGAGGCAUAAGACGCGGCUGCAGGGGCAGUGGACGAAGAUGAAGAUUAAGAGGGGGGCGAAGAACAAUGAGGAUCUGGCGCAGGUGGGCGAUCAGAGAGCAGCUCUCAUACCGCGCUACGCACGCGUCAACACCAACCUCUGGUCUGUCGAUGAAGCGGUCAAAUCGCUGCAAGCCAGCGGCUCCAAGCUUGCAGAUCCCUUCGCCUCGACCUCCAACUUCACACAAGACGCCCACGUCCCCGAGCUCCUCCUCUUCUCCCCCAAAAAAGCUUUCCACAACGAUGCCGCCUACAAGUCCGGCAAGCUCAUCCUCCAGGACAAGGCCUCCUGCUUCCCGCCCCUUGUCCUCAACCCGCCAGCUUCGAAUAAGGCUACGGUCAUCGACGCGACGGCUGCGCCGGGGAAUAAGACGACGUACCUGAGUGCGCUCAUGGGGAAUAAUGGGAAGCUGUUUGCUUUCGAGCGUGACAAGCGGCGAUUCCAGACGCUCAAGACUAUGGUCACCAAAGCUGCCUGCAAAAACGUACUGCCUGUGAAUGCGGACUUUCUGACUAUCGACCCCAACGACGAGACGUAUAGCGGCGUUACGCACAUUCUCCUCGACCCCUCCUGUAGCGGCUCAGGCAUCGUCAACCGCCUCGACUACCUUCUCGAGACGGAGGAAGAGAACGACUCUCAGGACGAGCGCCUCGCAAAGCUGGCUUCCUUCCAGCUCAUGAUGAUUAAGCAUGCGAUGAAGUUCCCCUCCGUCUGCCGCAUCGUCUACUCCACCUGCAGCAUCCACGCCGCCGAGAACGAGCACGUCGUCCGCGAAGCGCUCGCCUCGGACGAGUGUCGCACAGGAAACUUCACGCUGGCAUCAAGAGACUCGGUCCUUCCGACGUGGCCGCGGAGGGGGAUGAGGGAGGAGAUGGGGGAGUGCAGGGCCGACGCCGAGGGUCUGAUACGUUGCUUGCCUGGCGAGGAUGCGACGAACGGGUUCUUCGUGUCGUGCUUUGUGCGACGGGCGGACGGUGAGAUGGAGGCUGUGAAGGAGUCAGAGGGGAAGAAGGUCGGCGCGCAACCACCCAGCAAGAAGCGGAAAGCGGAUGACGCCGAUCCUUCUUCAUUGGAAGCCGGCACAGUCCCGCAAGCGGACGGCACUACCACCCCAGCUAAGCGCCGCAAGAAGAAGAAAAAGAAGGCGAAGGUCGAGUAACCUCGCUUCAAUGUCCCCUGUACGACAGGGCCUCGGACCUUCACAUCCAAUAUACGCAAACAAAUACAUUGUAUAUCACGACGAGAUGAAUAGCUAGAAGGUCUGUCUAUCGUACAUAGUAUACAUAUAUCGUACAAA